AAACCUGUUUUUAUCUCUUAUUGAUGAAAAUUGACGAUAAACCAGUCAAAUACUUCUUCCUCUUUCAAUAAAUCAACCUUCUUCAUUCAUUACUCAUUGCUUCCUCUCGUUCUACUCCGAUCACCAUGAAACGCCGUCUAGAUCCAACCCCCGCCCUCUUCCCGGCGAUUCUAUCCAUCGUUCUCUGCUUUCCAGCUAUCUCAUGCCAAGAAACCCAGCGGCCAUUUGAUGUUUGUGGCGAAUCGGUCCAGUGUGGAGAUAUUCCAGUAGAGUACCCAUUUUGGGGGUUAGAUCGUCCGGCAUACUGCGGCCACCCUGGUUUUCAGCUAACCUGCCCAUCGAAUGUUCCCCUACUCAAUUACGAAUCAGUAAACUACCGAGUUUUGCGUUUGGAUACCAGUACACAGAUGAUCACCAUCGCUAGAAACGAUCUCUGGGAAAACUCUUGCCCUCGAUUUCUAUACGACACCUCCUACAACUCGACGCUGUUCAACGGCGACAAUUUUGACCAGCGGAAUGUGUCUUUGUACUACAAUUGCAAUAGUAGUAUUGGGGUGAUACCUUUGACCACUAAUUACAGAUUUAGUUGUAAUGUGAAUGAGAGCCAAAGCGACAGUUAUUUCAUAAGAACUGAUCAGCUAAUCCCUAGCGUGGCCAGUUUCUUAGUUCAGUGUCAAAAUCGCAUCGAUGUACCGGUGAAUCAAUCUUCAGCAGCUCGAUUAGGGUCAGGGAUUGCUACAACAGAUGAUCUGAGGUCAGGUUUGACGGCCGGUUUCCAGCUACAGUGGACGGCGAAUAACAAUGAGUGUGAUCGGUGUAUUCGGUCAAACGGUCAAUGUGGGUCAAACUCGACAUCACCUGAUUUGUUUGCUUGCUACUGUGCUACUGGAAAUUUCUCGUUAACUUGUAAUGACGCCAACGUCGGUGGAGGGACUUCAAACAAAAAAUCUGUAGCUACAAUAGUCGCAGUCGUUGGAGCGAUUCUCGCAGCCAUCGGAAUCGGAAUCGGAAUCUUCGUUUGCAGACAACGGAGGAAACGGAUUGCAAUCAGAGAAUUAUCGCCUUCCCAAACUGAGACUAAAGCUAUUCUAAGCACUGUAUCAAAUUAUCAAGUCAAUAAUCAAGUCAAUAGUGGAAGUUCUAAUUUCACUUCAAGUAUCCCUUCGUAUCCUUCAUCAAAAACAUCUAAUGAUUUUGGGAAAAGUUCGUAUUUUGGAGCUCAGGUUUUUAGUUAUGAGGAAUUAGAAGUGGCUACUGAUAACUUCAAUAAUUCAAGAGAACUUGGAGAUGGUGGUUUUGGAGCUGUAUAUUAUGGUAAGCUGAUCGAUGGUCGAGAAGUCGCCGUGAAACGUCUAUACGAAAACAACUUCAAACGCGUCGAACAAUUCAUGAACGAAGUCGAAAUCCUAACAAAAUUAAACCACGAAAACCUAGUCAAACUAUACGGCUGCUCAUCAAAACAUAGCAAAGAACUCCUCCUCGUUUACGAAUACAUCCAAAACGGCACUGUCGCCGAUCACCUCCACGGAAAACUCUCCACCUCCACCUCCACCCCCAUUUCAUGGCCACUCCGCCUCAACAUCGCCAUAGAAACCGCCGAAGCCCUAGCCUACCUCCACAAAUCCGACGUCAUCCACCGCGAUGUCAAAACCACCAAUAUUCUCUUAGACAAAACUUUCAAAGUCAAAGUCGCUGAUUUUGGGUUAUCGAGGUUGUUCCCUAACGACGCCACCCAUGUCUCCACCGCGCCACAAGGAACGCCGGGAUACGUUGACCCGGAGUAUUAUCAGUGCUACCAAUUGACCGAUAAAAGCGACGUGUAUAGCUUCGGGGUGGUGUUGAUCGAGCUUUUGUCUUCGUUACAGGCGGUGGAUACGAGUCGCCACCGGUUGGAUAUAAAUUUGGCGAAUAUGGCGGUGGUGAAGAUACAGAAUCAUUUGUUGGGGGAGUUGGUGGAUAAGAGUGUUGGGUUUGAGAGUGAUGGGGUGGUGAGGAGGAUGAUGACGUUGGUGGCGGAGUUGGCUUUCCGGUGUCUGCAACAGGAGAAGGAUUUGAGGCCGACGAUGAAGGAGGUGGUGCAGGUUUUGAGAGGGAUUCAGAAUGAUGAAAUGAAUGCUCAGAAACCGGAGGUGGUUGAUAUUGUGGUGGAUGGCGGUGGGGUUUUGAAGGAUUGUUAGACGGAACCACCGGCGCCGGGCUAUGUUAAAUACUUCCGAUGGUGGCCGCUAAAUCAAAUUCGUUAUGUUAAGGGAAUGUAAAUAGCAAAGUUUUGGAGAUAAGAAAUUCAUAAUCUUGUGUUAUUUAGGAGUGUGUGGGGUUC